GCCUUUGAGUUUCAGAUACAUGGAAAUGCAACCCGUGAGCGUUUUGUUGAUAUAACAACUUCCAUCCAACAUGGUUUAAAUACCCUUGGCUACGAACAAUGUCUCAUUACAUGAGAGCAGAGCGCAAGCAGUUUGUACGAAAUCCGACAGAAUUCAUCAUCCGGCCUCUUCAAAGACAAAGGGAGACUGGGGAGCUGUGUGAUAUCACGUUAUGUUUACAUGGAAAGGACUUCCGAGCACACAAGGCAAUACUGGCAUUGUGGAGUCCGUAUUUCUUAUCCAUGUUUACGUGUGAAAUGAGAGAAAAAACAUGCGAUUUUAUUAACUUGUCAGAAUCAUUGAUGUUAGAAGACCCAGAAAUAUUUGGGUUGGUGUUAGAUUAUUUGUACACUGGGGCUAUCACGUUAAAUGUAUCCAAUGUGGAAGACAUUCUUAAAAUUUCAGAUUUUUUAUUGUUGGAUGACGUGAAGGAUUUUUGUAGGCAAUUUUACUUGGAUUUAGGAAAUCUCGACCUUUCAAAUUGCCUGAGAGUUAAUUUUCUAGCAGAAAAUCACAAUCUUCAGGAAGUUGCUGGUUCAUGUCAAAAGAUAAUUGAGUCUAGAUUUCAUGACUAUUUGAUUUUCCAUGAUGAAAUUUUAGACUUAUCUCCGCAGAACUUGUUUAGAUUGUUAGAAACCCCCAGAGUUGUUCAUAAUACAGAUUACAAUGAUUUGAAGAGACUGAUAAAGAGAUGGAUAGAUCAUGACAAAUCAUCACGAGUUAUUUAUUUUGAUGAUCUUGUGUCUUGCAUCAAGCUUUGUCUCUAUGAUUCAUGUGAAGUUACAAGUACUAUUGCAAGUUUUGAAACUAAGAAGAAAACUCACAUGCAGUCUUCUCUUUGUGAGAAACACAAUGAAAAGUCAGUGAAUAAAUUGAGUCACAGACAUGAAAAUGUUCUGCACAGUUCCAUUAAUUAUGGGGAUGGGGUAAGCCCUGUCUUAUAUGCUGUUGUCAGUAAUCCAGGGAUGAAAUUCUUCAAAAUGUUAGUAUACAGCAUCUUGGAACAAAAAUGGUGUCAUUUCAACAUGUUAGGAGAUAAACUUAUUCACUUCAUACCAUCCAGGCAAAAUGUGUCCAGUAUGGUCGCCCAUGGGAAUUAUUUGUACUUAUAUCUUUGCUCAAGUUUUCCUUAUCCUACAGACAUGUUGAAAAUCAAUGUCCUAGCACUGGAUCUGUUAAAAGGACAACCAACUCUUUACUCAUUUAAAACAGGAGAUUUCUACAACCCUUGCUAUAGAACCACCUUAACCAAUCAUAAAUCAGUACCUCCUGCCAUUGUAGCUUGUGGACCUCACCUUUACAUUACAGGAAAUAAGGAAGGCACUGGAAAUUUGUUUUUGUGCAAUAUGAAUAACUCUCAGUACAAAUGCUUCCAGAUUCCAGGGGCAAGAUUUAUUUCCCUUGCUCGAAUGGCUGUGAAGAAUGACCGAUUCAUUUUCUUGUGGUUUAGGCACAGGACAGGCCCUUCAGAAGAAUUCUGCAUAAAGAAAUCUGUGGGAUUUGCAAUGUUUGACUCACGGUCAAAGAUUUUCAACUCAUGGGAAAUUUCACCACCAGAAAUAUCAUAUGAUGAUUUUGCAAAACCAUACACUCUUUGUGUUCGAGAUGAAACACUCUUGAUAUUUCUCCCAGGAAAACCAGCUCUGGUUUUAGAUGAAGUCAGAUGCAAGUGGAUUACAUCUCUGAGGAAACUACCAGGCACAGGCCUGCAAACAGACAUUCAUACAGAUUCCUAUGGCUUCCAUAUACAAGCUGCCACGGACUCAGGCAUUUUCCUCUUGAGUAAUGGGGCUCCUUUUACCACAUCUAUGAUUGAAAUCAGUGAAAUGUUCCCCUCAGCAGUUAUUCACAAACCUCCUCCAAUUGACAAUAUAUCAUUGGUGACAGCAGGACAAAUGAGUCGCUCAGACAUUCAAGAACUGGAAACCUUCACACAGUAUGAUGACUCCUUUACCUCAGCCCUGCAGGUGACCAUGAGGUUUUCCGACCAGGACACAGAGGAGAGUGGCACCUCACCUUCUGAUCAUGACUCAGACAAUGCCUAUGAAUAUGAUGAUGACAUUUAUGAUUAUGACUAUGAUAUAGAUGGAGACUUUGGAUUCUGAGUUGCCAUUAAAGGUGUACUAGUCUUGAUUUACACAAAAUUACCUUCAAUUUUUGUACUUGUAGUUAAGAUUGUUAAGUACCAGUACAGUUAUUAUACAUGUACUUGUGGAAGAUAUGUUAUAUACAGGGAAAUUUUCACUGUCAUUUUAUCAUUGCCCCUUUCGCCCUAGAAGUCAGAGGACAAAUUCAACAGAGAGAAAGUAAUGGCUCUUUAAAACCACCACCAUGUCUACAUGAAUGCAAAGUGGGGUGAAACCACUUUCAAGUCAACACUUGAAGUGUAAUAGGGUGAAAAUAACUCAGGGUGAAUACAACCCUGUAUUCAUUAGUCAAGUUUGUUCUG